GCUCAAAAAAGAUUAAAUUAUCAAUUUAUCAAAAUUUAUUAAAAUACCAGGCGAACAGAAACCCCAGCAAGUAACAGUUGUUUCUGUGAUUAAUACCAAAAUGCAACUGUGUGCAGGCCUUUCCAAGUAACGGUUAAUUUCCAAUGAAACAAACAGUAUUUUCGUGACUUGCUAUUCCCUUCUGCGCGUCUGUUCGGUUGGUGGAAAUUGGUUCCAUUUUCCUUGCCAACUCCGGUUUUCCCCAUUUUCCUGGCUUCAGUUACUGAUUUGAAUUAUUAACCAAUAUAAAUCGGAAUCUGUGGCAUGCCCCAGCCAUUUUCCAACUCCUGAUGGCGUUGCGCAAUCACCUGCACCAAAUCCGCAGCCUCGCAUGGAAAUGGAGAUGGAGGAGGAAGUGCGCCCGCACGCACGCAUGUUUCAGAGAUGCUUCCUCUACCGCGGACCGCCCAAAAGUCGGUGACCAAAGUGGGCACCAACUGGUUUCGCCCGCAGCUACCAUCUUGGUCUGACGCGUUCCCAGCUUGUGGCCCCGAAAAAGGAAAAGUGGUUCGCCUGUGAAAACCGGCCUGAAGGCAGGGACUGGACUUGGACUUGGCAAUUAAACUGUCUGGUGGUACUUAGAGGUGCGUGCGCGUUGGGGGUGACCAUAGCGGUGGGCCCCUGGCCUGUCCAGAGCCAGCAAACCCGUUUGCACACUGAAAAUAAUACAACACAAAAAAACCAGUUCACCAAAUGCGUGCGCUUCCGUUUCGCUGGACUUGGCCUCCUUCCUUCUUCCGACAGCAGCAUCUGGAGGCGGAGGAGGCGGAGGGAGAUAUAUAAGAGAGUGCUCCGCCCAGAGUCGCCACAAUUCAGAGUCAGUCAUGAUCGGGUCAGUUGGUGCUACGCUGCUGGGCUUCCUGCUGCAGAUCCUAUUCGAUUGGACGACCGGCCAGCAGCUGCUCCUCGCGCGUCCCCAGAGAUCACUGUACGAGGCUCCACUGGAGCACCUGGAGCAUCUGGAGCACCUGGCCCCGGUGCCCGCCCUGCCCCCGCUCGGCUGGAAUACCGUGGGUGGCGGCCUGGGCCUGGGAGUCGGCGGGGAGUGGGCCUACAACCCCGUUGGCCUAGGUCACAUGAGCAAGGAUGAUCUGCUAACCCUGCUGGAGGCCUGGAAGGAGGUAGAACAGGAAUCGGCGACCACUACCACCACGGCUGCCCCGCGCCCAGUGGAAACGACGACCAGGCGGCCAGUUCGUCCUCUGCCGCCACUGCCUCCACCGCCACCGGCUCCGCCUCGACCAAUUCCCAUUCCCAUUCCACUGCCGGUGCCUGCUCCUGGACCCCAGCUGCCCUCCGGCACGCCUAUCACCGUCAGGCUGCCUGCAUUUGUGCCCAUCCGGCUGGCUGCCAUGUGGACUCCUCCUGCCGGCGGUGCAGGAGCUGGAGCUGCUGCUGGCGGUGCUGCAGCUACUGCUGGUGAUGAAGAUUUGGACACUGACGAUGCCCCUGAUGACGACGCCACUCCCCGUCUCUUCCGCUUUAUGCCAAUGCCCAUAGCUCGGGCCAGACCUCAAGCCCAGCCCCAGGCCCGGCAGCAGACCGUGGUAAGGAACACCCUGGACAGCGUGGACGUGGGCACCGCUCCGGUGAGGACUCAGGUCAGGCCGGAGGUCCAGCCCAAGAUUGCAGUGCCUGCUGCUCCACCCGGUCCCAAGCCAGCUCCCUUCUUCCGGCCCAAAUCUGGCCUGCCGCCGCAUCUGGCCAACGCUCGCUUUGAACUGGUGCCCUCCUCGCAAAUCAUUGGUGACUGGCGGGAGUGAUCCCGCAGAGAAGAGCAGGCGCAAGAGGUUCCACUAACCGAAGCAGGAGACUUUGUCCUGGAACAGAGGAACGAAACUCCCAAGGAGGCUUCCCUUGCACGGCUUCCCAAUGCCUCCCAACAAUUUAUUCUAAUAUAUUGCGUUUUUUUUUUUUUUUGUGCUCCCAAAUAAAAUAUGCCAUAGUCAUAGGUUAACACAUGCAAAGCUCGAUUUAACUGUAAAUUGUACUUAAUUUAGUAGUUUUUUAAACAUCGUUACAAUCGAUA